UCUUUGUGUUCAUUCAGGGCGAAUGGAGUCACCCGUUCAUACAAUUCAAGUACUCACAUGGUAUGUAAUACGCUAUACGAGCCCACCUUUACUACAUAGUGCUGUUUAUCAGUCCAGUCAGCAAACAUCAGAUCAUAAUUAUCGUGCGUUUCUACUCAAUUUGUCGUUCUAAUCAACAAUAUACGGGUACCAAAAUAAUACACUGUUGAAACAUAGCAUCGCAACCAUUCAUCGUAUGGUAUAUCUUCUACACGCGGCGCCUUCUUAAGUUUGCAUUCUUAAGCUUAAGGGUAGCUGGUGUUCUUUAGCAGACAACAUGUAGCGAUGACCUUCAUCAUUGGUACUCCUAUCUAUGUUUGGAAGCUUGUAUAGUCUGCCACUUCAACAUGAAAAAUAACAAAACUGAUAUUGUGCAUGGAAUAUCACGGAGUCGCUCAGUGGGAAUAUCAUACUCUAACUGGAUUUAUGUACAUUUGGUAUUCUGCAAUUGAUAAUUGAUACUCGUCUGUAUGAAACAAUACAUCUGCAGAUUCCUGUAUACAUGUGUUAUUUUUCUUGGUAUCGUGAUAACUGGAAGCGGUAGCAAUGGUUGGUAGGUGCUGUAGUAGACGCUCUCGGUGGUGUAAGAAAUUCUUUGUAUUAUGUAUUGUACUAAUGCUCUUGAUACCAGUUCUAUUAUUAUUCACAACUCAAGACUCUACAUUUUGGAAUCCUUACGACGAAUGGAGGGGGUUGAGAAGGAGCAAUGAUCUACCCGACGGUCUGCCAGACAUGCAGAUGGAUACACUUAUUGUAGAGCCCCCCAUCCUGAGGAGUACAAUGGGUAACUUUGAGCCCCCUCCUGAGGACGGGCGUCGCCAGGGCGCGGGGGAAUAUGGUCGCCCCGUCAUGCUGAACCCCAGUGAUCAGGAGAAAUAUGAUCAGAGCUUUAAAGAAUAUGGCUUCAACAUGGUCAUCAGCGAUCGAAUCGCACUCGACAGGACUGUGAAUGAUAUCAGACAAGACGAAUGCAGAUACUGGCACUAUCCGACCAAUCUACCAAAUACAUCAGUAGUGGUGGUAUUUCAUAAUGAAGGGUGGUCAACUCUCCUACGAACGGUACACAGUAUCAUCAACACAUCGCCUCCAAAUUUACUUCAAGAAGUAAUAUUAGUUGAUGAUUUCAGCGAUAAAUCUCACCUCCAAGCCAGACUCCAGCAAUACAUAGACGAGCCGCAAUUCCAGGGUAAAGUCAAACUCUACCGUAACAGCAAACGAGAAGGUCUGAUUCGAUCCCGCAUCUUUGGCGCGGAGCAGUCUCGUGGUCAAGUGGUCACGUUCCUCGACGCCCAUUGUGAAUGCUCUCCGAAUUGGCUCGUUCCAUUGCUAACAGAAAUAGCCCUCAAUAGAACGACCGUGGUCUGUCCCACCGUCGAUUCGAUAUCGGCCGAUACCUUUGAAUAUCGAUCACAAGGAGAUGGUAUGUGUCGUGGUGCAAUGGAUUGGGAUUUCUGGUAUAAACGGAUCCCAGUUGAUCUGAGUAGAAAGAGACUAGGUCUCAAGUAUCAAAGCGAACCAUACGACUCGCCCAUAAUGGCUGGUGGUUUGUUCGCACUCGACAGAGAAUACUUCUUUGAAAUCGGUGCUUAUGAUCCAGGACUUCAAAUUUGGGGCGGGGAAAACUUCGAAAUAUCAUUUAAGAUUUGGAUGUGUGGAGGGAGGUUAAAGUUUGUUCCUUGUUCUCGAGUUGGUCACGUGUAUAGGAAAGGUGUUCCCUACACCUACCCAGACUCAGGCGUACCUGGUGUCAGCGUUAUUCACAUGAACUACAUGCGAGUAGCCGAAGUUUGGAUGGACGACUUUAAAGAAUAUUUCUACACCGCCAGACCAGAUUUGCGCGGAAAACCCUACGGUGACAUCGGGGAACAGAUUCGAUUCAGACGGCACAACUGUCCGAAGAGUUUUAAAUGGUUCAUGGAAGAGAUUGCAUUUGAUUCAUUAGAGAAAUUUCCUCCACCGCCUCCUAACCAGGGAUGGGGAGAGAUUAAGUCGGUACACACAGGAUUGUGUGUUGAUAGCAUGGGACACCAAGGAACAGCAGGGGGAGAGGCUGGUGUUUAUUAUUGUCAUGGUAUGGGAGGUAAUCAGAGGUUUCGUUUUACUGGUCCAGGCCAAAUCAUCCUGUAUGAUUACUGUUUCUACGUAGAUGGGACCAGAGUCAGGAUAGACAAGUGCAAUAGAGUUCAGUAUUCAUCGUUCUGGGACUAUGAUGAGGUUAACCAACGAUUCCAGUUGAAGAACACAAAUAAAUGCCUUGAUCACAAUAGCAACGAACAUACCCUUUUUGUCAGUGAAUGUGAUAAUGAAAAGAGCACCCAGCAAUUUCAAAUUAACCCUCCAGAGGAAUUACAAAUACAACCAAAAGCUGUUCGGUAGCAUAUCCCUUCAUAAUUAUAGUAGCACAUACUGUUGAGGAUUUCAUACAAGAUUGUUAUUAGCUUUAAAAGCCAUUUUAAGGGUGUUUUAAUUAGUUAGAUAAUUAUAAACAAUGAAUUAUAUUCAUGAAUACCGUCUAUACAACCUGUAUAAGGCUGAAAUCUCCAAUUUUAUAACAGUGACUGAAAGUCAAUACAACAUGAAUAACAAUUACAAGUUUUAAUUAGCUGGUGGAGAAAUUAAUGUUAAUAAUGUCUCUCUUUUUUAGUUUCUCAAUAAAGUGGUGAACAUAGUUUCCAAAGGGCCUAGAAUUAAAAGGCCUACAGAUGUCAGCAUACGAUACAUGGUAAAAACUUGGUUUAUUUUAAAAAUGUCGUGAGAUCAGAUAAGAAAAUGAAUUGACAGUGGGUACUUAUCCACAGUCAUAAUCACUUAAAUCUGCAUCGUAUCGCUUCGAUAUAAAGUUCGGGAAAACUUUGUAUGUUACCCGUCUAACCACAACUACAAAUUAAUUCUCGUACAUUUAUUAUUGUUAUUCCAAUAUAGAAACAAAGUAAACAUGUGUUGCAAGUCGGUUUAUUAUUGUUUUUAAAGAAUUUGGAUCGUAUGACCCGAGUUUUCGUUCAUCAAUUUAAAAACUUUCUAAGCAACUCAUUUUCAAAAAUAUUCGUUUGCCAAAACUACCAUUUUAGAUUUUAAAAAGUCAACGUAAUUUCUUGAUACCAUUUCCUUAUAUCUGCCUUGGUUAAGAAUUAUGAUGUAUUUUCACGGACAUCUAGCUCGGGUUGUGAGUUUGUGGUUUGGUGUAGAUGUCUUUACAUUCCUUUGUAUUUAUUUAUUUCGUGUUUUUUAGUUUUACAUUAAGUUUAAUUUGAUUAAGUUUGCCCCUAAGUAUAGCAUAUUGGAAUUAACAGUAUUAAGAAAUAUUAUAAAGCAGCUAAUUUUGUGGCAAAUCAUUGUGUAUCAAAAUGUUUGGUAACACAACCGGGAUGCUAAUUAAUGAGAUAGACGCAGUGUCUCAUCAUGGCCCCGCAGCAGGGGUGCUAAGCACCAAAAAAAAAUCCUUAGGGGUGCUGCGUGUAAUAUUCUCCAUAGGCAGCACCCCAGGUAUAUAUUCUAAAAGAUGUGUAACAAAAUGAAAUAAAAUCUAUCCAAAAUGACUUUUAUCAAAUUUCUCGGGACCAAUUUGACUUCCAUUUUGGAGUGAACCCCCCCCCCCAUUUCUCGGGACCAAUUUGAAUUCCAUUCUGUAGUGAAAGCCUUUUUUUCUUUUCAAAUUACAUCAGCACCCCUACUUAAAAUUCGUUCCAAGGGCCCUGUGUCUCAUGAUAUUGUACGAUCUUAAUUUUUUAACUCCUCAUUAUGAUAUUGACACUAUACAUUUAUCAAUUUACGUGCAAUUGACAGACGUAUAUCAAUAAGAAAGUUGUCAGUUCUGAAAACAAUUAAAUGUCUUCAUGGAUAAACUGUAGAUUACACCCUUGUUGAUGACAGUGGUCUGUUAAAAGGAUAAUAUUUUAUAAGGACCUGUUCAUGCGAUUAAAAAAAUGAGAAACAGAGAAAAUGAAAAAGAAAUAUGAACGUUCUAGAAUAAACCUACUCUGUUUUAAGUAUUGACUUUGUGAGCUAAUGCGCUGUACCGGAACAUCAACCAAAAACGUGCAAUUUGUUCGCGAAAGAUAUUUGUUUACUAGUAUCUUUGAAUUAUUUAUUUACACAUAAAAUCGAAAUAAAUAAUUGAUAUAUUGAAUCAUUUAAUUCCAUUUAUGGAGUCUGUAAUUUAGCGCAUAUAGUCUGGGUAUUGCUUUAUGUCACUGCGCAAAGAUUCAAGACUCUAUUGAUGAUUGCUUGUGAACAUUAAUUUUUUUUUUUUUUUGGGGGGCGGUUUAUUCUUCUUUAUAAAGAAGUAUUUAGCAAAUUGUUAGAAAUAAAAACCCGAUUUCUAUGUCCAUGUUUUUUUUUUGAUUCAGGAAAUGAUAAUCUGUCAAUAAUGUUGGUCAUAUAAAAGAAUGAUGGUAUUAUAUUUCUGUUGUUUUAUUAUUGUACUUCGUUUUCUAAACUGUGUGUGGUAAUAUUCCUAUUUAUUGUUGACAAUGUCUUUCAUUAAUAAGGCACUUAACAUUCCUAAGUGUCUUUGAAAGAGAUUUAUCUGAUUAUGGUAUUUUUAAUUCAUAUAAUAUCUCUUAAUCCAUAAAGGCAAUACUAACGACGUAAUUUCCAUUUUCGUUCAUGUAAAAUAUGUUGCGUUGUUGAGUCGUAACUCAAUUGUUGUUUUUUAACAAUAAUUUCUACUGAACUAUAAUGAUGGUAUUAUGUAACAACAUCGUACAAUAAAUUAAAUCCACAUCAGGCCAAGAGGUGACGUGCAUAUUUGUCAGAUUAUUCACGUCAAACGAUUAUUUACUAAUAACAUCAAUGAUUUUCAUUAUUUAGAAUAGAUGAAAAAAAAAUGUUUUACAAAACAAACAUGUUUCUUUUUCAACCAAUAUUGGGUCAGUUUUAUUCAAUAUUUUUAGAGCGAAGAUGUGAAAUCCUACAUUCUGAAAAAAGGAUUGGUCAAAGCACGGAACUACAUCCGAUGUGUCGUUAAUUAUGACGUUCGACUGAUAAUAACCACCAUAAUUAUAUCUACAAUUUUUUGGUGGUUUUUAACCAAUAAACUGGUUGGUUUUCACGAUUUUUCGUCGGCUGGACACAUUUCAUCAACAGAUUUGUUAUAUUAACCAAUUCUUUUCUCAGUGCGCACGUUUAAGAUUUAGUAACAGAAGACGUAUAGUUUCGGAUUAUCUCACAAUGUUCCUCCUCUUUAGUUUGUAGUCAUAUCGGAUAUUCUUUGUAAUUCUUUUCUCUCUUUUUUUUCACAGUUCGGUUGACAUUAUUAUGAUACUAAUGAAUAUUCUUUUAACUAAAUUUUCUUUAACACCGAGAAGUGAGUUUACGUUCUAAAAUUAUACAGACCCAUAUAAUGGUUGAAAGAAAACCGUGAUAAUAGUACAAAAAGUAAUAAAAUUUUGCAUCUGUUGCUUAUAUCCCAUGUCUCUCUUUAUUAUGACUUGUGUGGAUACGAAUUUUUAUAUCUGGAAAUUUGAUCAUGACAUCUAGAUUUUUUUUUUAUAAAAUGAUGUUUGGGUUUCACUUAAGAAAACAAGUUGAUCUAAAUGAAACGUUAUAAAUAUAAAUUCUAAUUUUAUUAAAUUUGUAAUAGAUGAUAGUUAUACAUAACAAAUAAACAAGACUAUAAUACUGUGCAAAGCGUAUUUUAAUGAUGCAUUUCUGUGUGAUGAUUUCAAUCAUAUACAGAUUAUAUUUUCAAAGUAAGAUAAUAAAUAGUUCAAUGUCAAUAUUGACUUGGAGAUGUGAAAUUCAUAUGUACUGUAAUUUUAAAGACAAUGAUUCAGUUAUUGUGCGCAUGAAUUCAACAUUUCAAAGAUAAAACAACAAGAA